AUGCAGCUUUCCCAGGGGCUCAGCCACAGCCUGAUUGCGCUGCCACGUCGCAUUAGUACCGUCAGCCAGCUGGCAGCCCAUGUGGUCGAGUCGUUCGGCUUGCAGGAUUCAUGCAAAGCGGGAGUGGCUCUACAGGUGGAUGGAUUCGUGCUGCCAGCGUGGCAACCCCUUUCUGUGUUGGGCCACGAUGACGUCAUCAGAAUGGGUGGGGGAAAAGAGGGGGGAAGAGGCGUGAUAGGGGAUGAGGUGGGAGAGGGAAGAGGGGAGGGAGAGGAGGGCAGGGAUGGGGAAGAAGAGGAGGAAGCGGAGGGAGUGGAGGAGGAGAAAGAGGAGGAAGAGGAGCAAGGAGAGCAAGAAGAGGUAGUGGAGAAGGGGUACGUUAGAAAAGAGAAGGAAGAAGGGACUUUAGAGACUUCUGAGGAGGAAAGUUCUAAGGGGGAGAAAGGGGAAGGGGAGGGAGAGGAGAAGAGAAAAGGAGGAGGAGCAAAGAAAGGAGAGGGGAAGAGAGGAGGGACGAAGGGAGAAGCAGGAGGGCGUGAGGGUGUCGCAGGGUUGAAGGAUACAGCUACAGGGGCGACGAGAGGGGCUGACGCAAAAGGAGCCCAUGCUGCUGCUUUGUCUGUUAGGAGGGUGCGUCUCAAGGGAGUGUGCUGGGUGAGUGUUGGGAGUUGUGUAGGGUUGAAGGAUACAGCUACAGGGGCGACGAGAGGGGCGCAUACUGCUGCGACGAGAGGGGCCCAGCCCAUGCUGCUGCUUUGUCUGUUAGGAAGGUGCGUCCAAUGGGAGUGUGCUGGGAGUGUGCUGGGAGUGUGGUGGGAAUGUGGUGGGAGCGUGCUGGGAGUGUCCUGGGUGGGAGGGAUCGUACUGCCUUAA